AUGCUGUCUUCUCUUGCGCUCUCCGCAGUCCCGUUGCUGCUGGCCGGCCUCCAGGCUGCGACGGUGGGCGCGGUUCCCACCAUUUCCGCGGUCGGAUCCAAGUUUUUCUAUGAGAAUGGCACACAGUACUACCUCAAGGGUAUCGCCUAUCAGUUGACUCCCAACGAUCCCCUUAUCGACACUGCCCAGUGCAAGCGCGAUAUCGUACGCAUGUCCGAGCUGGGCGCCAACGCCAUCCGAGUCUACCACGUGGAUCCCAAUGCCGACCACAAGGGCUGCAUGACGGCCUUUGCUGACGCUGGUAUCUACCUGUUCGUCGAUCUCGAUACCUUCACAACCCAGAUUGAGCAGACCUCCCCUCACUGGAACGAGACCCAAUUGGACCGCUUCAAGGAAGUCCUGGAUGAGUUCCAGCAGUUUGACAACACCGCCGGUGUCUUUGUCGGCAAUGAAGUCCUGACCACGGCGAAUGGCUCCCACGCUGCCCCAUACGUUCUGGCUGCUGCCCGCGACAUCAAGGCCUACCGUAAUCAGAAGGGUUACCGUGAGAUUCCCGUCGGUUACUCCGCUGCAGAUAUCGCCGACCUGCGCCCUAUGCUUCAGAACUACCUCGCGUGCUCCAAGAACGAAUCGGAGCGUCUGGACUUUUACUCGCUGAAUGCCUACGAGUGGUGCGGCCAGUCUAGCUACGAGGUCUCGGGAUACAACAUGCUGCAGAAGAAUGCCACCGACUACCCCAUUCCCAUCUUCUUCUCCGAGACCGGCUGCAACACUCCCGCACCUCGUACCUUUGACGACCAGGACUCCAUCUUUGGCUCGAAGAUGUCCGGCACUUGGUCUGGCGCUAUCAUCUACGAGUGGAUCGAGGAGACCAACGAUUACGGCCUGAUUAACUACGGCCCCUCGGUCAGCGCUGCCACCAACACCAUCGUCGAAGAUGGCUUCACCCGCCAGGGCACACCAACUCCGGUGUCGCCUGACUUCGCCAACCUCAAGUCCCACUGGGCGACGCUGAACCCGACUGGAGUUGUUCUCUCCAUCUACAAGAAGGAAACGGGCAGCAUUUCGGCUGUUGAGUGUCCUGCUUACACCUCUGGCGCCUGGGAAGUUGACCCCAGCUCCCCUCUACCCACCCUGGGACAGACCUACAAGGAGGAAUCGUCCAAGGGUGCUUCCACUGCCUCUGGCAAGGGCUCGACUGCUUCUGGUGGUGGUGGUGCUACUUCAAGCUCUACCAAGAACGCCGCUAGUGCAGCUGGAGUCCACGGCUCCUCAGCCCCUGCUCACCUGCUGACGAUUUCUAUGGUGCUCUCCGCUGGCGUGGGAGCCCUUGCCUUGUGGCUGUAA